AUGAUAUUCAACAGAGCUACGCUCCUUACCGUGUUUUCAGCUAUCUGCGCUACUGCGCGUGCCGGGUGCUCUUACGUGGACGGCAACUACUACUGUUCCGAGACGAAUGCCGUCGUCUACCAGGGCAUCGGCUACUCGGGCUCCUACUCUGACGUCACCAACAUCGACGAGUCCUCGUGUCAGUGCUCUUCUGAAACCAAGUCGUUUUCUGGCGCCAUGUCUCCUUUGGACGAGGAACUUUCUGUGCACUUCAGAGGUCCUCUGAAGCUGCUGCAGUUUGGUGUCUACUACCCAUCCUCGUCCUCUUCGAAAGUGAAGAGAGACGAGGACGACGAGGAGUGCCAGACCACUGUCCACGUCCACCACCGCCACAGAAGAGCCGUUGACUACGUUUCUGUCACCGCGACCGUGUACGUCGACCAGAACGGCAACACGAUUACCGGCACCACCAGUGCCUCCGCUGCCGAGACCAGUGUCGUCAGCAGCGCCAGCACUGCCUCCUCUGCAGCAGAAGCCGUGUCUACUCCCGACGGGGACGACGAGGCCGCUUCUGAAAGCACCUCCCAGGGCAGCUCCUCGAGCUCGUCCUCUUCCGCUUCCUCUGCGGCCACUUCCACCUCUUCCUCCUCCUCCUCGUCCUCCGGAUCCGGAUGGAGCAGAUCUUCCUACUUCACUCCAGGCUCCAACGACAAUGUCACCUUCCUCAACCACAAGGGUGGCUCUGGUUCGGGCACUUUCUCCUACUGCUUCGGUAACUCGAUCUCCUACUGCGCUGCGGACGGUGUGUCUGCCUCCUCUUCCAGCGUUGCUCUUGGUGACGUCACCGUCGACUCGAACGUUGAGUUCCUCAUCAUGUCUGGCGUGGACUGCGACGACACUUCUGCUGGCGACUGUGGCUACUACAGAUCCGGCAUCCCGGCCUACCACGGCUUCGCCGGUGCUACCAAAAUGUUUGUGUUUGAGUUCCAGAUGCCUACCGCCACCGACUCUGCCACCACGAACUACGACAUGCCAGCCAUCUGGCUGCUCAACGCCAAGAUCCCAAGGACCCUGCAGUACGGCAGCGCAGACUGCUCUUGCUGGUCUACUGGCUGCGGAGAGCUGGACCUGUUUGAGAUUCUUUCUUCGGGCUCUGACAAGCUGAUCUCCCAUCUCCACGACGGCCAGGGCGACAACGGCUCUGCCUAUGGCGGCGGAGGAUCGCAGGACUACUUCCAGAGACCUACCGACUCGACCAUGAAGGCUGCUGCCAUUUUCUACGACGGAGAGGUUCACAUUGUUGUUCUUGACGACAACGUCGACUUCAGCGACUCUCUCGACGCAGACACUGUGUCUGGGUGGAUGAACAUGGCUGGCUCUACUGCCAACAUUUGA